UGUGGCGUUUCUCUCUCAAUUACUCGAUCUAGUAACUACCUCCUAUCCCAACGUUCCAUCCAUGUCGUACCAAAAACGCAGACAAAAAGAACCAAAACAUGCAGAAAGAAAGAAAAAAAUUACACAGAAAAUGAAAGCCAAACCACCAUUUGGUUUGUAAUCUUGAAUCACUUCCUACAUUAAUUUUCCAGGUAAAUCUGUAAUCUUUUACUUCCAUGAAACUAAAGUACGUACUUUGAUUUGAUACACAGAGCCAUUGUGAUUAAACUCCAUCUAGUACAGGAAAACACAUUCUCUCAUUGUUCUUGUUUCUCUUGUUUUCCUGUACUCUGUUCCAUAUCUCUCUGUUUUUCAAUUCUAUCCCAAAAGGGUUUCUGAUUUCAGCUAUGAUCUCCAACACCCAGAUCUUAUUUUCUCUGAUCUUGUUAUCUCUAUGCACCAUUCAAGUUCUUAGCGCAGACUCAAAGUCUUCCAAUCCUUACAUACUUUAUUGUGGCUCUUCAAACGGUGGCACCGAUUCCGAUGGCCGGAAAUGGUCAUCGGAUUCCCAGUUUAUUUCCGGGAAUUCCACGACGGCGAGGGCCCAAUACCAAGACCCUUCUCUUCCUUCCGAAAUCCCAUACAUGUCUGCAAGAAUCUUCACCUCUCCAUCCUCAUACAAAUUCUCUGUUUCACCAAAGCAACGUCUUUGGCUCAGACUCCAUUUCUACCCUUCUUCCUAUAACAGCCUUGACAAAUCCGACUCGUAUUUUGAUGUGACCGCAAAUGGGUUUACUCUCCUCAACAAUUUCAGCGCCUCCAUCACAGCCGAAGCUCUCACGCAGGCCUACAUUGUCAAAGAAUUCUCACUCAUUCCUGUCGAGUCCGGGAAUCUCAACAUCACGUUCACCCCCUCUUCGUCACAUAAGAAAUCAUUUGCUUUUGUGAACGGGAUUGAGGUGAUACCUAUGCCGGAUAUAUUCCAUCCAGCCAAUUUGGUCGGAUUCGAUGAACAAACGGUCGAUGUACAAAGCUCGACUCUCCAGACCAUGUUUCGGCUCAAUGUGGGUGGGCAGUAUGUUGGGCCAGCCAACGACUCCGCCGGGCUUAACCGGACAUGGUAUGAUGAUUCGCCUUACUUGUUUGGUGCAGCAUUUGGGGUCACAUCUGAGGCUCAGAAGAAUGUCUCGAUUAGAUACUCUAAUAAUGUGUCAGAAUCUAUUGCACCUGUUGAUGUUUACAGUACUGCUAGAUCAAUGGGACCUGACCCGGAGGUCAAUUCGAAUUACAAUCUCACAUGGGUUUUUCAGGUGGAUGCUAAUUUCACUUAUGUUGUGAGGUUACAUUUCUGUGAGCUUCAGGUCACCAAGGUCAAUCAGAGAGUGUUUGAUAUAUAUGUGAACAACCAAACGGCGCAGCCGGCUGCAGAUGUGAUCGGAUGGACAGGGAAGAUUGGGGUUCCUCUUUAUAAAGAUUACGCAGCUUUUGUGAAAGAUAAAGCUGGUGAUGACGAACUGUGGGUGGCAUUGCACCCAUCUGUGUCAAUGAAGCCUGAGUUCUAUGAUGCAAUACUUAAUGGAUUGGAGGUCUUUAAGAUCAAUGAUACUAGUGGCAACUUGGCAGGCCCCAACCCUGUGCCGUCUCAGAUGCUUCAAGAUGCUGAGGCGGCCGCGGCUGCGGCAAAUAAUCCCUCCCCACCGGCAGCGGGAUCAAAGAAUAAGGGUUUGGUAAUUGGUGGACUCACUGGUGGGGCUGCUGGUGUUGUUGUAGCUGCCGCGGUUGGCUUUGUUGUGUACCAAAGGAAGAAGAGAUCACAUGAGUCCGGGGUUGGGGCUUGGUUGCCGCUCUAUGGUACGUCUACCACAUUGACUUCUCGAAAGAGUGGUACUAAUACCGGUAGUACUAGCCAUGUUUCGAGUUUGGCUGCUGGUCUAUGUAGGCAUUUCUCAUUAUCCGAGAUCAAACAUGGUACCAAGAACUUUGAUGAGUCUCAAGUUAUUGGGGUUGGAGGGUUUGGGAAGGUUUACAAAGGGUUGAUUGAUGGAGCGUCGACUGAAGUGGCUAUAAAGAGAUCCAAUCCAUCUUCCGAACAAGGAGUUAAUGAGUUCCAAACUGAAAUCGAGAUGCUUUCGAGGCUUAGGCACAGGCAUUUGGUCUCCUUGAUUGGUUUUUGUGAAGAAGAAGGCGAGAUGAUUUUGGUUUAUGAUUACAUGGCUAAUGGGACUCUUAGGGAGCACCUCUACAAGUGCAACAAGCUUCCAUUGUCAUGGAAGCAAAGGUUGGAAAUUUGUAUAGGAGCUGCGAGGGGACUGCAUUAUCUUCAUACAGGUGCAAGGUACACUAUCAUCCAUAGAGAUGUGAAAACAACAAACAUUCUCUUGGAUGAGAAUUGGGUAGCUAAAGUCUCCGAUUUCGGGCUAUCCAAAACGGGGCCUAAUCUUCACCAAACCCAUGUUAGUACAAUGGUGAAGGGUAGCUUCGGGUACUUGGACCCUGAAUACUUCCGCAGGCAACAAUUAACUGAAAAAUCAGAUGUUUACUCAUUCGGGGUAGUUCUAUUUGAAGUUUUGUGUGGAAGGCCAGCACUCGAUGCUACAUUGCCUAAGGAGCAAGUUAGUCUUGCAGAUUGGGCUAUGCACUGUCAAAAACGGGGAACUCUUCACGAAAUCAUCGAUCCACAUCUUAAGGGGACAUCAAUAAAUCCCGAAUGUCUUAAAAAAUUCGCAGAGACAGCUGAGAAGUGUUUAUCCGAUCAUGGACUAUAUCGUCCUUCAAUGGGUGAUGUCCUUUGGAACCUUGAGUUUGCUCUUCAAUUGCUUGAACAUCCAGACGGGGAAAGAGUUGUAGCUGAAGUUAGAGCAAAUGAUGCUUAUGCUAUGCACAAUGCCACUCUGGUCAUUGAAGAAGAGAGCACUACUGCAAGUGUGCCUGUUGAUGAGUUGACCAAUAGUACUGUUGUUUUUUCACAGUUUGUGAAUCAACAAGGAAGAUGAUGAGCAGGACAAUGAAUCAUUUGACUAUUGUUAUGCCCGAGUUUUGUUACUCUUUUUGUAUGCUUAGGAGUUUUGUCUUGUAGAUUGUGCAUACAGACAACUGAAACUAUCAGAGAAGCUUUGGGGGAUACACAUGCUUUGUGGAUUGACCCCAUCUUUCCACCUGGUAAAUAUCUAGAGCUUGAAAAAUUAACUUGCGUUGCUUUUUUAUUCGUUUUCCUGUUCUUUUGUUCGGCUUUCAGCCAGUACAUUAACGCAUCUAUACAUUAAGCUAGAUUAAUUAUAUAUAUGUAAUGGUGGAUGUAGACCAGAGUAAAUUAGUGAUAGACCAGUCUACCAUUGCAUAGAUAUUGUAUCACUACAGAGAGCUGAUCUACGUCUGUAUGGAUGUUUACUGCACUAUAGCAUUUUCUUCUUUUUAGUU